AUGGCGAGUGCUGAUUUCCUUCGACCAUAUAGCAAGCAGCACGACGACGAGCUACACGACCAGAUAGGUUCUGGCGCAUCAACACCGCCCGGCGCUGCGACACCACGACCUGACUUCGUCGACAAGCGACUGCCGGGAAUCAUAAAUAGUUACUUUGGACAGGUUCGUGACUCCCUGCUCAAACGCAGCAAGAGCACUUCAAAUUCUCCCAACAACCCCGCACCAUCCUCAGAGCAAGAGAAAGAGCCCAUCGAGCAGAAGGAGCCCGAGGACACCUCAUCCCAACACAUGGCCUCGGACGCAAACAGGGAGCGCGACGGCGCAUCCACGUCGCCACUCAGCGCGAACAGCGGUGCCCACGAAUCACCACCACUCUUGCCACACGAGCCAAAGCGCCCGGGCCCACAACACCUGCAGACCGACUACCCUACACCUCCACUCUCCAAUUCCUCCUCGUUCAUCGCUAUGAACCACUCUGGUGCGGGCGGGAAUGGCGGCCAGCGAACUCCGUCUCCUCGCAAGCGUUCAUGGACGCAGAGAAAGGAGAGCAUCGCUGCGCUGACAUCCAGCCUUCGCCGGGCGACCUUAUCCGACGAGACUACCACCGCUGUCACCCAACCGGAUGUCUCUGCUCAGCUGUCCAACCCUUGCACUGCUUCCGAGGCCCCCACAGAUGCCAGCAGUUCAUUAUGUCAAAAUGCUCAAGACAGUGAUGCUCGGGUGCUGACAAAUGGCGCUGAGCGCCCUCAGAAUACCCCUCCUCAGACGCCUCGCACACAAUCAUACUCGCACGAUCAUAAGCCCCGCGAUGACACCUCGAACGUUCGAAGCGUGCCGAAGUCGAGUCGAUCGAGCUCUGGUGGGUCGCAAGCAGCGACAAUCGGACAGCUGAAAGGGCAGCUGGAGAUAUGUAUCGAGGAGGGCAGAGGACUUCGACCGAGCGUGGAGCCGUACGUUGUAUGUGUGUUUCAGCAAAAUGAGGACAUCUCAGGCGGUCCUAAGGAGGAUGCCAUGGACACGCGCGAGAACGGCGCCGGCGAGGAGAAGGAGAAUCUUGCAAAAGGCGUGGCGAUGAAAAGAUUGGGCAGUGGGUCAGGGACACCAAUCUCGAUACCAGGUCUCAGGAGCAGGCAAACUAGCUCCACCAACAUUGCUGCCUUGAGGAGAGGCUCCGACCGGCCCGAGCGAAACGAGACCACCGAGCCGCAGUGGCGGCAUACCGCGACCUUUGAUGUGGUGGGGGAGAAGAACGAAGUUGACAUCUCGGUAUACGACAAGUCGAACAACGAGACAUUCAUUGGCCACGUUCGGUUACCGCUCAACCUCGACGACUACCAACACCAGCAUGAAGACUGGUUCAAUCUCGAAGCGCGAGAGGCCUCGUCGGACCAUGUCACAGGCCAGAUCCGACUCAAGAUCGCUUUCCACGCCAGUGGAAAGAAGGUCUUUGGCCCAGACGACUUCCAGAUCUUGAAGCUGAUCGGCAAGGGCACAUUCGGUCAGGUCUUCCAAGUACGGAAAAAGGACACCAAGCGGAUAUACGCCAUGAAGGUGUUGUCGAAGAAGGUCAUCGUCCAAAAGAAGGAGAUACAGCAUACCAUAGGAGAGCGUAACAUUCUCGUUCGGACGGCUACCUCGGAGUCCCCCUUCAUUGUGGGUCUGAAGUUCUCGUUCCAGACGGCGGCAGAUCUGUACCUCGUUACCGACUACAUGUCUGGCGGCGAGCUCUUCUGGCACCUGCAGAAAGAGGGCCGCUUCCACGAGGAACGUGCAAAGUUCUACAUUGCGGAGCUCAUCCUGGCACUGCGGCACUUACACCAGUACGAUAUCGUAUACCGCGACCUCAAGCCCGAGAAUAUCCUGCUCGAUGCGAAUGGACACAUCGCGCUUUGCGACUUCGGCCUAUCGAAAGCGAACCUGGCCAAGAACGACACGACGAAUACCUUCUGCGGCACGACUGAGUACCUCGCGCCAGAAGUGCUCCUCGAUGAACAAGGCUACACCAAAAUGGUCGACUUCUGGUCACUGGGCGUGCUCGUGUUCGAAAUGUGCUGCGGCUGGUCGCCCUUCUACGCCGAAGACACCCAACAGAUGUACAAGAACAUUGCAUUUGGCAAGGUGCGGUUCCCUAGAGAUGCGCUGUCCCAAGAAGGCCGCAACUUCGUCAAGGGACUGCUCAACCGCAAUCCGCAACACCGCUUGGGUGCGAAGCAGGAUGCGGAGGAACUGAUGGGGCAUCCAUUCUUCCACGACGUCGACUGGAACGCUCUUAGCAAGAAGCUGACGCAGCCGCCGUUCAAGCCGAAAUUGAAGGGCGAGCUCGACACCAGCAAUUUUGACCCGGAGUUCACGAAUGCGCUUACGGAUGGUGGUGCUUCGUCGUUGAACGCGAGGGCUGCAGCGCUGGCGAGCGGUGUUCAUGCUGAUAGCACACCGCUUAGCCCGACAAUGCAGAACCAGUUCAAGGGCUUUACCUUCGUGGACGAGAGCACGCUGGAGCAGCAGUUUGGCGAUCGGGACUUUGGCAUGGACGGUACGGACGACCGCAAUGCGAACAGGGUGUCGACGAAUUUCAGCGGUCGAGAUGGCGGUGAUAGGAUGAGCGGCAUCGAGCCCAGCAGUGCUCAGAGCGACAGCGAGUUCAAUCAUGGUAUGCUGGACGACAUAUGA